ACCUGUUAAACUCGAGCAGGUAGCCCAAGAGACUCCCCUCUCUCUUUUACUUUUGUUUUCACACUCUCCGUUUCUAUAGCUUCGCAGGUCUCUACAUUGCUGUGAUCUAUCAAUAAGGUUGGAAUUUGAUGCUUCUUUUACUGACUGGAGAAGUGCCUAUUUGGUGAAUUUUGGUUUUUUCUUGUCUAUUUGAAGAAGCAUUUGAUGCUCUUCAGGGUACUCUCAAAUCACCCAUUUAGGAGACCGUGAAUGAAAAUCACUUAAUUUCAGUUCUUGCAUGAUUCAAGCAGAAAUUGAUUCUUCUCUGGACACCCAUAUGAGAAUAUUGCGAAAGGGUGUCUGAAAGCGUACCUUUUCUGGGUUCUUGGGGUUGUUUGGUCUUUAAUUCUCAAAACUUGGAACUUGCUAUCUUUUCCUUUUUAGGACUUUCUCAAGAUACCAUUUUGCUUAUUCCGAGUUCAUUGCUUCAAGUUUUGUGGUGAUCAUCUUGAAUUUAGGUCUUAAUUGAAGAGAUUCAAGGGUAACAAGAUCAAUGUAUUGGUGCUUAAAUGUGUGGAGAAGGUGAAAUUUUUUUUCGAGUCCAACUAAAGUGAAAAAAAGGGAAUCUGCUUUCCUUUUGAUGAGCUGUUUGUUAGCUAAUGCCAUUGUUUGUCUGUGUCUACUUUAUGCUCUGAAAGGUUCACUUUGUUGUCUGUAGGAAGCAUUUUCCAAUUUUUUUCUCUUGCAAAUUAGAGAAGACUUGAUCGUAGGGUUCUUUCAAAUAUUGAAGUAUGUAGCUGGUGCUGGGUAGAUUUUACGCAUGUUACAUUGGAUAUCUCUUUUUUCACUUUGUCUAUGGAAUGCUGCUGCGUGGGGUUUCUUUUACUUUAUAGCACCCUCACAGUUUUAUAAAGCUGCCAAGGUUACUUGUUCCUUGCUGAGUCCUCCAAGAUAUGACCACAUAUAUAGUUCCUUCUGUUAUAUACACUGAUAGAUUUAGCACUAGUCUUCGCUGACUGUUGCUUUGGGGUUUCUCCUCAAUCACAUAUAUAGGUUAUUCUUUAGGCUCUGGGGGUUUUGCUUUUGAGUCCCAGGACAUGGAUGGUAGCGGUGAUAACAAUGGUGAUUUGGGAUAUCAAAAUAGAGUUGAGAGUGUUAUGAAAUGUCCAUCUUCAGGAAUGAACACUAACCCCUUCUAUGUUUCUGCUUGGGAUCCAGUUGUUUCAUUUAGCCAGCUUGGGAAUUUUGGUGGUUCAUCAACAGGGUCUCAAAGUGAAUUUUCCAAUUCUCCUUUCCCAAUUGUAAUGGAAAACCCAGGAAUUAGUAACACCUGCCACCUUGUUCAUUACCCAUCUGAUUCAGGCUUUGCUGAGCUGGUGCCAAAGUUUCCUGGCUUUGGAAGUGGGAAUUUCUCAGAAAUGGUUGGCUCUGUUGGCCUAACUGAGUGUGGCCAGAUUGUUAAUGCUGGGUGCCCUCCAAAUUACAAGGAGGCAAACAAUGAGAGCACUGCACAUGGUGCACAACGUGAGGAAGAUCAGCAAUUAUCCGAAGAGACAACUAUGGGAGCCUUACCAAAUGGAAAGAGAAGAAGACUAGUGGCCGAGUCCAAUUCUCCUUUUGAUCCAAACAAGAAUGCUGAAGGAGAGUUUCAAAAGGAUCCUUCUGGAGAGAGUUCUGAUAUUGCAAAAGAACUGGAUGAGAAGAAACAAAAAAUUGAACAAAACUGUGGUGCUAAUUUGCGUGGCAAACAGGUAGCUAAACAAGCUAAAGACAAUCCUCAAAGUGGGGAAGCUCCUAAAGAUGAUUACAUUCAUGUAAGAGCCAGAAGGGGUCAAGCUACCAAUAGCCACAGCCUUGCAGAGAGGGUGAGAAGAGAAAAGAUUAGUGAGCGGAUGAGAAUGCUACAAGAACUUGUUCCAGGAUGCAAUAAGAUUACUGGCAAGGCGGUGAUGCUUGAUGAGAUCAUCAACUAUGUGCAAUCACUGCAACAGCAGGUUGAGUUUUUGUCAAUGAAACUAGCAACUGUAAAUCCAGAACUGUACAAUGAUGUUGAGAAGAUUCAAUCUAAAGAUAUCCUUCAUUCACGUGGUGGCAAUGCAGCUAUUCUAGGAUUCAGUCCUGGGAUAAAUUCGCACCAGUAUUCACAUGGGAUUUUUCAACCUGGCAUACCAGUCAUUCUAAAUUCCAAUACACAAUUUUCUCCAGCACAUCAUGCUGUAUUAGAUAACGAGCUCCAGAGCUUUUUCCAAAUGGGAUUUGAUUCCAGUUCAGCUGCUGACAGUUUAGGACCAAAUGCAGGGCAUUUGAAACCAGAGCUCUGAAUGUUGAAGAGAGAUAACAAGGCAUUGAUUCCACCUAACAAAGAAAAUCAAGUGGUUCAAGUUGACUUUCAUAUUGAAAGAAAACAAAAAUAGUCAAGAAAAUUCUUCUGUUGUAUAGGUUUAAGCUCCUAACUGUUCGUUCUUCAAUUUUUUUGGAAGAAGAUUACGUGCUAGAAUCACAGAUAUAUGUAUAUUUUCCAACUAAGAACUGAGACUUUUGCUGGUGAUGUUUGUUGAUUUUUGCCUGUUUCCUUGGGAAUGAAUUUGAGCAUGUAUGAA